AUGGACAUCCUUAGCCGCGAGCUGGGAAAGUAUGUGGAGCUCGACGAGGUGGACGAGGACAUGGUAGAGUACAUGGCCGAAGUGCUCGAGUCGGGCGAGGCCGGCGGCGACAGCGACGCCCUCUUCGACAUGCUCGCUCCCUUCCUGGAGCAGCUGGCGGGUGGCGAGGCCGGCAACGGCGACGCUGGCCAUGACCACGCCGGCGGACUGACCAAGCUCGACUCGGCGGUGGUCGUCUCGGAGCUCGACGAGGAUGUGCUGACCAAGGGCAACGUCAUGGUGGAGGGCUCGGCAGAGGCGCUGGCUUUGUCGACGACGGCGGUGAACAAGGCGGCGGUCGAGCGGGAGCGCGCGAAUCGCGACGCCGUGGUCAAGGCCGAGGCCAAGCUGGCGGCCAAGGCGGCACGUGCGGCCGAGAAGGCUGCGGCGGCGGCCAAGGCCGAGCAGGCGGCGCGCGAGGCAGCCGAGGCUGAGGGUCUGCUUGCGUCACAUGUGGUGCUUGCCGGGCGCGGCAAGCUGAGCGAGCGCGAGCAGGCCUCGCGUGACAUCAACAUCGAAGGCUUCCAGAUGGCGUACGGCGGCAAGGUGCUGCUGAAGGAUGCGACACUGCGGCUGGCGUUUGGCCGGCGGUACGGGCUGAUCGGGCAGAAUGGGGUGGGAAAGUCGACGCUCCUGCGGCAUAUCGCCAAUGGCGACCUGCCGCUCCCGUCGUCGAUGACAAAGCUGUACGUGGCGCAGGAGGUGGAGGGUUCGGAGACGACGGCGGUGGAGGCGGUGCUGGAGGCUGACACGCGGCGGGCCGAGCUGCUUGCGACGCGGGCGGCGAUGCUUGCCAGUGACGGGACAGAUGACGCAGAGCUUGCGGGGGUGGAGAACGCGCUCAUCGAGAUUGAGGCCGAGUCUGCCCCGGCGCGUGCGGCGCGGAUUUUGCACGGCCUCCAGUUCUCAACCGAGAUGCAGUCGCGGCCGACAUCGGCGUUCUCCGGAGGGUGGCGGAUGCGGAUUGCCAUUGCGCGGGCGCUCUUCCACCCGCCAGACCUCCUUAUUCUAGACGAGCCGACAAACCACCUCGACCUGCACGCGUGCAUUUGGCUCGAAGAGUUUCUCCGCGAGUGGCCGACAACGCUUGUGGUUGUCUCGCAUCACUCGUCGUUCCUCGACGCCGUCUGUACCGACAUUGUGCACCAGGCCUCGGGCAAGCUCGAGUACUACAAGGGCAACUACUCGGCGUUUGUGGACGCAGCCCGCGAGAAGCGGCUUGUCCACGAGCGCGAGUACCGCAAGCAGCAGGCGGAAAUCGAGCACAUGGAGAAGUUUGUGACCAAGUUCCGCUUCAAGGCAAAGGGCUCCAAGAUGGCGCAGUCGCGGCUGAAGAAGCUGGACAAGAUCGAGCGGCUGGAGGCGCCUGAGACCGAGGCCGAGGCCAAACUCACGUUCUACGACCCGGAGCCGCUCGACGCGGCGCUGCUGCACUUUCAGGGCGUCUCAUUUGGCUACGGCCUUGAGCGUGGCGAGCGUGUGGAGGACGAGGCCGGCGCGUCGGGCGCGGUGACGCAGCACGCGGCCAAGCGGCUCAUCUUUGACAACAUCGAGGUCAUUGUGUCGAUGGACACCCGGGUGACGCUCGUCGGCCCCAACGGCGCCGGAAAGUCGACGUUCCUCAAGCUCUGUUCCGGUGCCGAGCCGCCGACCGAGGGCUACAUCAUCAAGCCAAACAAGCUCCGCAUCGCCAUGUUUGAGCAGCACUUUGUCGACGCCCUUGACCUCAGCCUUUCGCCGCUCGAGUACUUUAAGGUUCUGCACCCCGAGGUCGAGCGCAAGGAGCUGCGUGGCUACCUCGGCCGCUUCGGCCUCUCCGGCGAACUGGCUACCCAGGUCAUGGGCACGCUCUCGGGAGGCCAGAAGGCACGCGUGGUCUUUGCUGACGUGGCGUGGACCUCGCCGCAUCUGCUUCUUCUUGACGAGCCGACCAACCACCUCGACAUCGAGACCAUCACCGCCCUCAUCGACGCACUCAACGCCUUUACCGGCGCCGUCAUCGUCGUCACCCACGACCCGCGCCUCAUCGAGAGCGUCUGCAACGAGCUCUGGAUGUGCGAGGGCGGCAAGGUCGAGCGAUUCGAAGGUGGUUUCCCCGAGUACCGCAAGGUGUUGAUGAAGGAGCUUGGCCUGUGAGACACUAAACUGCACUACAGUCCU